GUUCAGUGAAGUUUCUCUCUUCAUCUCUCAUUGCAGGCAUGUUGAAGCGAUGGGUUGAUAGCCAGAGAUAUUUAUCGGAUCACCCUCACCUCAUUUGUCAAGAUACGGCAAACUACCUAAUAAACUGGUGUUUUAAUUUAAAAAAGGAAGAGAAACAAGCACUGAUGGAACAGGUGGCACACCAAGCUGUUGUGAUGCAGUUCAUUAUCGAACUGGGCAGAAGUCUUCAGCAAGAUCCUCGUGGCUGCUUCAGACAGUUUUUUGAGAAAGCAAAAAUAGCUGAAGAAGGUUAUAUGGAUGCAUUUAACACUGAACUAGCAGAGUUUAUCCAACGGGUUCGAGAAUUUGCAGAAACCAAGACUGCAGAAACAGUAUCAAUGCAUAAUGUGGCUCAGCACUUGAAUCAUUUGGAUGUUCAUGGUUUGCCUCCGAUGGAAGUGUUUGAAUCUCUGCCACUGGAAUUCAAACGGUGUUUCCAGUUGCAAGACGUCCAUGUCCUUCAGAACAUGCUAAGCAACAUGGACCCACAGGUUGCUGAGCACUACUUGCAGCGCUGUAUAGAUGCAGGCUUAAGGAUCUAUAAUACUAAAGAAGCCAAAGAAGAAAGAAAUGAAGAACCUAAAAUGGACAUAUCGUAACUGUUUGGCAAUAACACUAUUAGAUGAUUGCAUAAAAAAUUUCACGACAGUGGAAGAAAAGCCUGUUUUUGUAUGUAACCGUUGACUUGCCUGUGUGGAUGCUGCACUUUAUUUGUAAGGUUUGUUUAAAACAAAAAAAAAAGUAUGAUUUUGAAGCAUUCAAAUGCCGGCCGUUCUGAAAAAGGAUUUGCUAAUCACCUUCUACCUAAUCGCUUCCCCAUUACAUACACUUCCAGAUACUUUCUGGCUUAGUUUUGCUAAGAUUCACUUGAGAUUGCACAGUGUAUCUAACUGGUGUGCAUAUUUUGCCCUCCUUUUUAUUAUUGUGGUGAUUAGAGGUAUACAGUAUUUGC